AUGCCCACAGGGGCCGAUGAUGUCAAAUUGGAUGGCGCACACACAAUUAAAUUGCUCGGGGUUUGGUGGAGUCGCUGGUGUCGCACCUUGAUGAAAGCGGAAGGCUCCAAAGCUUGUUCGGAGAUUUCCCGCUGGCUUCUGUGGCUGGACGGUGAAACACAGAGCGAAGCCUCCUGCGCCCAGCUCUUAUCGCGCCGAGCAAGCAGAAUCCACAAAAAAGACAUGAAUAAUGAGAGCGAACUGAGCCUGCACGUCUGUGAGGGAGCGCUGCUGUGUCUUGUCUUCCGUCAGCCGCAAGAUGCAGGCUCCCGACAACAAACGCACAUCUGCUUGGUACCCGCUCGUAUCUGUUUUAGCAGGGGGAUCUGCGCAGGCCAUGUUCUAUUUUGGCCAAGCCGAGUGAAACGCAAUUUGGAGACCCGUUGGCCGGUCGAUGGGCGGCAGUCUUUGUCAGAAGAAGAGCAGACGAAAGAGCAGACCGAGGAAGGAGAAGCAGAAGAAGUAAUCCGUCUAGCCCCCAACGUGGCCGGCGAGAGCGCUGCUGUCGUACGGAGGGGAGCGAUGCAGAAGAGUCCAGCAGGCGUCUUCGCCGUACAAGGCGAGUAA